AUGCGAAUCGCGCUCGUCUGUGCCCCUCGCAGAAUUGAAGAAAUCAAGGAUUUCCUGCUCACGGCCUGGCGAAAGGAUGCCAAGUCCGUCAAGAUCAAGAAAAACAAGGAUACCGUGAAAUUUAAAAUCCGCGGCAGCAGGUACCUUUACACCGUGGUCAUCACAGACAAGGAGAAGGCAGAGAAACUGAAGCAGUCGCUGCCCCCAGGUUUGGCAGUAAAGGAGCUGAAAUGAAACCGGCACACUGAUUUGAACUAUAUUAAAAUAUU